UCCAGGGCUAUCCACGCAUGCUCUUUAACAACAACCACCUCUCGCGAUUCUAAGACUUCAUCAGUUAUGCGCCUACAACGAGAAUAAUACGCACGGAACCAAAUAUAACGACUAUGCAUAAAACCGGGCAAGUUCAUUCCAAUCCUGCCCCUCCCCAGUUCCACAAUCUACUCUACUUCCCGCGAAAGAAUACCACUCGUGUCUUGCGCAUGCGUCCGAGAACAAAGCCCUGAUCUUCAGUCCGUGCAUUCAAUUUGUGCUGACUCAACGCUCAAGCCCAAACAUUUAGAAUACAGCUCGCGUUUUAUCAAAAACUCAAAUCACAGAUUAAGCAGCAUUCAAAAUUACAUUACUGAGCUUUCAUACUCGAUCGUUUCGAACAACUGCCAAAGUGCCCUUAGAAGGCAACUAGAAAACCACGAGAAGCAGUUAUCAACUGUUUUCCAGCAUAUUUGGAUCGAUUUACUGCACGAUACAUUUUCAUAACUCCGAAGAGUAAGGACACGGAGUCCUCUACGAAUUCCUUCCUUACGUCAAGAGCUACGUCCCAAAUGAUUUCACUGCAGCUUCCUUUUAAAUUAGCAACUCGAAUACACGCAGCAUGCUAGUGCUCAACUGCGCAGCAUGGAGUUAAAUUCCCGCUCUAUCAAUGUAGCACUUCCUGAAACAAGGCCCGACCCACUCUCCUAGCCAGACAAGCAGCACCCGAUGGGGUGGGGGGGGGCGCUGUUUACAAAUGGCGGAUUCGCACUGAAUCGACCCAGCCUCCAAAGGAGGGUGGUUUUAGAGACGAAAGGGAGGGGCAAAGGCAUCAGCAUGAUUGGCUAAACAGAGGCGGGAGUCUUAAAUUGAAGAAAGCGCGGGAGCUGCUCAACUCGGUUCUUUCUUGCGGAGUACGUAACCACCGGUUUACGAUGCAUUCUCCAAGCAAGCGCCUCUGUCCCAGUCCAACCACCUCCUUAGACCGCAGCUUCCAGAAACGCCUCAAGAAAAUUUCAAUUGAAGGGAAUAUUGCUGCAGGGAAGUCCACAUUUGUACGUAUUCUAGAGAAACACAAUGAUGAAUGGGAAGUAAUUCCUGAACCAAUAGCUAAGUGGUGUAACGUUCAGACAUCCGAAAAUGAACAUGAAGAGCUUUCAACAUCACAAAAGAGUGGAGGAAACCUGCUCCAGAUGCUGUACAGUAAGCCUACAAGGUGGGCUUAUACCUUCCAGACAUAUGCUUGUUUAAGCAGAGUUAAAGCACAGUUAAAACCCAUCUCUGUCAAACAACAUGAAGCAGAACAUCCUGUGCAGUUUUUUGAGAGAUCAGUCUACAGUGAUAGGUAUAUUUUUGCCUCCAAUUUAUUUGAAUCAGGAGAUAUCAAUGAAACAGAGUGGGCAAUUUAUAAGGACUGCCAUGCAUGGCUUCUGAAACAGUUUGAAUCAACCAUGGAGUUAGAUGGUAUUAUCUACCUCCGAACAACCCCCCAGAAAUGCAUGGAACGGCUGCAGUGUAGAGGCAGAGAAGAAGAACAAGGAAUUCAACUAGAAUUUCUGGAGAGCCUUCACUAUAAGCAUGAAACCUGGCUUCAAGAGAGGACAAUCAAGGUGGAUUUUGACAAUCUUAGAGACAUACCAAUUCUGGUUCUAGAUGUUAAUGAAGAUUUCAAAAAUGAUGAAAUAAAACAGCAGUACUUAUUGGAUAAAGUCAAAGCUUUUUUGACUGCUUAGGAGCAAGAUGGUGUUCAACCAGGACAUCUGGAAAUCUGUCAUUUUCUAAACUAUCUGGAAUGGGCAUAAAUUAUCUGCAUGUAAAUAGUCUCUUAAUGCUGUUUUUCUUCUACUUGAGCAUGUAAAGUCUGCUAUAUAUUUGAGAAUCAAAGCUUUAAUGCAACAGCGAAGACACUGAGACUGUAAGAGGCACUCAUUUUAUGAUUGGAGUUGUGUUGAAGCAAGAGAGUGAUGAUUGACUAUGUUUUUCCAAGGACAAAACUUCAUUUGUAAAUAAUUUUAGUAUAAUGCAAUAUUAGAAAUGUUGUACACCUUAAUCAUGAUAGGUUAUGUGCUUAUGUCCAAGUGAUUAAAUAUUUACUGCGAUUUUGCUGUAAUAAACAUUCUAUAAACUCAAA